AGUCCGCGUACAGCCGCCGUCCCGAGCACACUGCAGGCCGAGCGCCCCGCCGCGCGAACGGCCCGAGAGCCACGCGCCGAAAUCACUCUCGAAGCCUCAUUCCAUCUCACCCUCCCCCUCCCCUUCCCCUGCAAACUCUCCUGUUCGACCCCACUUCAAGUCUGUUUAUCCCUUUUCCUGUCUUCCCGUCGUUCGCUCGCCGCAAUGCACCGCAGAACCUAUCGUCGUUUCCGCCAGUGAUCUUCUCCGCCGGUGAUCUUUAAAACAGUGAAUUAGAGACAAAAUAAACGCAACGCCGAUUCAACAAAAAAAAAGAGAGAACUGAAACGAAAAGUGUAAUAAUUUGUUCUUCAAGUUUUAACAGUAUAGUAUAAGAACAAGUGAAAAGUGUGCUUCAACGAGUGAUUCCAUUUCAGCAGUGGACAAAUAUUAUCCGCCGGUGAUCUUCUUAACACUCUGUGAUGCAAGGAAUGGCGGGCCUGGCGGGCCGGGUGGCUGGCUGAGACAUGGCCGCGGGCUCGGGGGAGGCUGUGGGUUGGACCCCCAGCUGGUCGCCGGCCUACCCUGACGAGGACGUCACCACUACCCCCGGGGCCUGGCCCGCGGGGCCCGUCGCCUGGCACAAUGGCACCGAGCUCCCAGAGGACCCGGUGCUCUACGCCAUCCAGUUGUGGUUCACGCCCAUGCUUGUCACGCUCGGCACGCUCGGCAACUGCCUCUGCGUCAUCGUCUUCUUCGGCACCAAGCUCAACAAGCUAUCCAGCAGCUACUACCUCUCCGGGCUGGCCAUCAGCGACACCUGCUGUCUCGUGGCUGUCGCCGCCACCUGGCUCGAGUUCAUCGACAUACCCGUGUUCAACAAGAACGGCUCGUGCCAGCUCUUCGUGUACCUCAAGUCCGUGUGCAGCUUCCUCAGUGUCUGGUUCGUCGUGGCCUUCACGGUGGAGAGGUUCGUGGCCGUCAGCUACCCGCUGCAGAGGCUGUCCAUGUGCACGGUGGCGCGCGCCAGGGCUAUCCUGGCCUCGCUCACGGUGGCUGGCCUCGGCCUCUACUCGCCGUACCUCUUCAUCUCGGCCGUGAUCCCCGUGCCGGCGGUGCAGGGUGGGCAGGGGGCGGCGGGCGGCGCGGCGGCCAACAAUGGCACGGUGCUCGUCUGCGACAUGCUCAAGCAGUGGCACAGCCUGGCGCGCGUCCUCAACUACGCCGACAUCUGCCUCACGCUCGUGCUGCCCGUGCUGCUCAUCCUGUCGCUCAACGCGUGCAUCGCCCGCACCGUGCUGCGCCUGGCGCGCGCGCGCAAGGACCUCACCAACACGGCCAUCAACGGCAGCGGCAGCCUCCGCGGCCGGCGGGCCCCGCGGCGCACGCUGCAGCACCGCGGCAGCACCCGCCCCGGCGGCACCCAGUCCAAGGUCACCGAGAUGCUGCUCAUCGUGUCGACCGUCUUCAUCGCCCUCAACCUGCCGUCCUACAUCGUCCGCCUCUACAUCUUCGUCAACGAGACAACGCACCAAGACGAGGGCUCGCACACCAUCGUCAUUCUGCAGCACUACUUCAACGUGCUGUUCGACGCCAACUUCGGCAUCAACUUCGUGCUCUACUGCGUGUCGGGCCAGAACUUCCGGCGCGCGCUCUUCGGCAUGUGCGGGCUGCGGACGCGGCGCACCGACGCCACCAUGCUGACGGUCGUGUCCGAGGUGGGGCGGACGGGGUCCCUAAACAGGCACCGCACCAACAACGUGAGCUCCUUCCGGUACAUCCGGGACGUCCGGGGCUCGCAGGAACUCCUCGCCAAGGACCACCGUGAAGGCAACGGCUACCACGCUGACAUAGAGAAGACCCAUCUCUGAAGGAUACAAACUCCAAGUGGAAAUCGAGUGCCAGACUAUAUAGAAAGUUGCCAGCAAGUACCCGUAGUGCGCUAAGUGCCAAACUGCCAGUGUUUCGAGUGUGACAGGACCGGACAGGACUGAACCGAUUUGUAAAGACGUUGAACGCUCAUUUACAACAAACACAGCAGGAAUCUUGAGAGUUCAGCGUGUGUGAUCUCAAGACUGACGCCAGUGAAAAGAAAAGUUUUUUCUACGAGAAAAUAUAAUUCAAAGAAUAACGUAAAGAAUAUUUUGUUUAGCGUCGACUUCACCUUUCCUGUUUUUCGAUUUUUUUGAUGAACAAAAAAUGAAAAAAAAGUUAGCUAGCUAUUAGUUGUAUGUUGCGCGGCCUCAGCCAAAGCGAUUGUGUUGUAUUUGCCACAAAUGAGAUCUGAAUACGCCUACUGUUUUGUAACGAGGUUGCAGCAGCACUUUGUAGAACGUCUAGAUUUCUGAGUGGUUGUACGGUGGUAAUGUUAACUAAAAACCCCAAAGUAAAUUGUGCUAUUAGAUGUAAGAAAUAAAGGAUUUAUCAAAAACAA